AUGCAAAUAAUUAUUGGGUUCAUGUGGCUUUCAUGUUCAGCCAUUACUGGCCGUCCGAUGAUGAAGUUUGAGAGUGGGUAUACUGUUGAGACGGUGUUUGAUGGAAGUAAGCUUGGGAUUGAGCCCUACUCUGUGGAAGUGUUGCCUAGUGGGGAGCUUCUUGUUCUGGACUCCGUUAACAGUAAUCUCUAUAAGAUCUCCUCCCCUCUGUCUCAAUGUAAGUGGCUUAAUGUGAUGGAAUGCUGCAGACAGCCGGCCAAAGUUGGUUGCUGGGUCUGCAGAAGGAUACUCUGGACAUAUAGAUGGAAGCCUAGAGAGGCAAGAAUGAACCAUCCAAAGGGGCUUACAGUGGAUGACAGAGGAAAUAUUUAUAUUGCUGAUACUACCAAUAUGGCAAUCAGGAAAAUAAGUGAUGCAGGAGUUACAACCAUUGCAGGAGGCAAAUGGGGUCGUGGAGGGGGGCAUGUGGAUGGUCCGAGUGAAGAUGCAAAGUUCUCAAAUGACUUUGAUGUGGUUUACAUUGGGAGUAGUUGCUCCCUUCUUGUCAUAGACAGAGGAAACAAGGCAAUCCGGGAGAUUCAACUGAACUUUGAUGACUGUGCUUACCAGUAUGGAAGCGGUUUCCCUCUAGGAGUUGUAGUGCUUCUAGCAGCUGGCUUCUUCGGUUACAUGCUGGCUUUGUUGCAACGUAGGGUUGGUGCCAUGGUGUCUCCCCCUGUUGAUGAGAUUCACGAGAGAAUGCUGAAACCAAAUAUUCCUCCAAGCCCAUAUCAGAAGAUAAUGAAACCUUCAGUGAGGCCACCACUAAUUCCUACUGAAGAAGAACAGGAAAAGCAAGAAGAAAGUUUCUUUGGCUCCCUUGGAAAGCUGCUUGCCACCACCGGUGCAUCUUUUUCUGAAAUAGUGGAGGAAUAG